AUGCUUGUUGGUAAUGCACUUUACUGGUUGAUGGAUAUUAUGACCGAUGACAUACUUGAGUUUGAUUUGGAUCAGCAGAGCCUAGCUGUGAUCAAGGGGCCUCCCAUUACAGAUGAUUUCCGCCAUGCCAGCCAUUGGAUCGUGCAGGCUGAGGAUGGUGCUGUUGGCUUCGCCAUAUUGACUUGCAGUCACUUACAAAUGUGGCAGAGGAUUAUAAAUUUCCAUGGUGUUGCCACAUGGGUGUUAUGGAAGACCAUUGACAUGCAUACCAUCCGUGGGCUCCCUCCCCAGAUUGACAUGAUACGUAUAGCGGGAUGCAUUGAGGAUACUGACGGACUAUUUCUAUUCGUGGGCCAUGAUGUCUAUAUGGUUCAACUUAAUUCAAUGCAGUCUAGGAAACUUUUUGAAAACCGUGGUUAUACUUACUAUCAUUCGUUCAAGAGUUUCUAUCAGCCAGGUGAUUGUUCAUCCUUAGUCCUCAUAUUGCAGGAGUAG